CGCGCAGGCGGGAGGUGUUUCAGCAUGAGGGUCCGGGUUGCGCGGGCCGCGUGGGCCUGGGGCUGGGGCGCUGGUGGCCGCCGUGGCGCCUCGAGCUUCCCGGUGCCUCCGCCAGCCGCCGUGGAUGUGGCGGAGCUGCUGCGAGAGGCAACGACGGCGGAGGAGGGGCCGUGGGCGGCGGCGGCGCGGCGGGUGCCCGGCCGGUACUCCGUGCUCCUCUUCCCGGGCCAAGGCAGCCAGGUGGUGGGCAUGGGCCGCGGCCUUCUCGGCUACCCGCGCGUCCGCGAGCUCUACGCCGCCGCCCGCAGCGUGCUGGGCUACGACCUGCUGGAGCUGAGCCUGCACGGGCCGCAGGAGGACCUGGACCGCACUGAGCACUGCCAGCCCGCUGUCUUCGUGGCUUCGCUGGCCGCCGUAGAGAAGCUCCAUCACCUGCAGCCCGCGGUUAUUGAGAACUGUGUUGCUGCUGCUGGAUUCAGUGUGGGAGAAUUUGCAGCCCUAGUGUUUGCCGGAGCCAUGGAAUUUUCUGAAGGUUUGUAUGCAGUGAAAAUCCGAGCAGAGGCCAUGCAGGAAGCUUCAGAAGCUGUCCCCAGUGGGAUGUUGUCUGUCCUCGGCACGCCUCAGUCCAAGUUCACCUUCGCUUGUUUGGAAGCCCAGGAACACUGCAAGUCUUUGGGCAUAGAGAACCCUGUGUGUGAGGUGUCCAACUACCUCUUUCCUGAUUGCAGGGUGAUUUCAGGACACCUAGAGGCUCUGCAGUUUCUCCGGCAGAAUUCCAGUAAGUAUCACUUCAGACGCACCAAGCUGUUGCCGGUUAGCGGUGGGUUCCACACCCGCCUCAUGGAGCCAGCCUUGGAGCCCCUGGCACAAGUUUUAAAGGCAAUUGAUAUUAAGAAGCCUCUUGUUUCUGUCCACUCCAACGUCAAUGGGAAUAGAUACAUGCACCCCAAACACAUCCGGAAGCUGCUGGUCCAGCAGGUGGUGUCCCCAGUGAAGUGGGAGCAGACGAUGCACACCAUAUAUGAAAGGAAAAAGGGCACUGACUUCCCCAAAACUUUUGAAGUGGGCCCUGGGCAGCAGCUGGGAACCAUCUUGAAGAACUGUAACCUGCAGGCCUGGAAGUCCUACAGUCAUGUGGAUGUGCUGCAGGCUGGCCAGGAUCCAUCUCUGGACCCUGAGGAGUCUCCGCAGUGAUGUUGGGGGCUCAAGUGGGAUGACCCCAGUCUGUCCUCCUGAGUCCAGGCUGUGGCUGCGCCUGCCCUCCUUUCCCAGUGGGCUUCUCCUCCGAAGAGUGAUUGAGAGGGAUUGUGUGCAAAGUGCUACAAAUGCCCCAUAAAGCACUAAACAUGAGUAUUUCUUUAUUUGACCCAGGCCAUUUUUCCCCCUGAAAAAAAUGUUUGGAUGCUGGGGAAAGACAGCAGUGCUGCUUAUGUCCCAAGACUGCCAGCUCUUGCCUCUUCAGCCCUGUGCACGGCAGGCCCCUCACCCUCUGGAGAUGCAAAGGGCUGGCCUGUUGCCCUGUGGGUGUUGUGAAUGCAUUGGCAGGGCCUCGAGUUGGGCCUGUGCCGGGGGGCUCCACCGCUGCCCUGCAGCCUGCCAGCCACCUAUGGCCAGAAUCUUAGCUCCUUUGUCAUUGAACCUGAAAGGCUUCAGAACCCACGUGGCCUUGGCAGCUAUUCUGCCGACCCCCUCCCUUGACAGCUGGGAGACUGAGUCCCACUUUUGUUCAUGUUUCUGGGAAGUGCGUAUUGAGUGCCUGCCAUAUGUCAGAGUAUGAAUGACCUCUGUCCUAGUAGAAGAGUGUCCGUGAGUAAGGUGCCUGGGAAGGGAGGGCAGCUGAGGUCCCUGGUCCCCUGGGGUAGACGCCAGCUUCCCCGUGGAGAAGCCCAGGUCAUCCAUUGGGACUGUGGUUACUGUGGGUCUGCUGGGUGCCAGUGGCCGGGCCCAGUGCAGGCUGCCCUCUGAGAGCUCCCUCUCGGCUCCACACCAGGAGGCACAGCCUCUCCUCGGAGAAUGUGGCUCUUUGUGUUAAUAUUAAAUAUGAGAAAUUCUAA